UCAUUCUGGGUGAAAUAGGACAACACACGUUUGACUGUUUGAGGAACCCUUUCUUAUUGAUGAACUAAACCGUGAGUGUGAGCUGAGGCUUCCACAGUUACGGACCGACAAUGCACGCCCAUUGCGGGAAAGGCGGAUCGAAGUGGCAGGUCCGCUUUUCCGUUUGCCUGCACUACGCGAUGGUCGUGUUGUCGGCGCUAGCGACGCGCGCAGCCGACGUGAAGUGCAACAUGCGGUCGGGAUCGACGUGCAUCUGUGAUUUGGAGGAUAAAUCUGGCUCUUUGGACUUUUCGCCACUCAGCAAGAAGGACGGUACUCCGUUUUUCAAGGACUACAAAAGCGGCUCCUGGACAUACAGCUGGAACCCAUGUGUGCCAUUCACGGAAGGAAAGUGCAAAACAGAUGUUGCGGUCUGUCAGAGUGGCGACUACGUGGGAGGAAGGCAGACUGGAGUACAGUGCACAGUAACUGGGACAAACCCAAUAAAAGGGACACUAGCCUACGCUAAUGGAGAUGUGCUCGGCAAAACGCCAAGAACUGGAGUGAUCAAUUUUCAGUGUGACCCUACAAAGGAGCACGACUUUACAGCACAUGGAGAAAGUCCAAGAGGCCACUAUAUAAUGACACUCAAUUCCAAGUAUGCCUGUCUGCAUGUCCCACCGCCGCCUCAAACAAACCCGCCACAAACAACCCCGCCAAAAACACAGCCUCCGCCGCCACCUGGUCCGACGACCGCCUCGCACCACCGGCAGCCUGAGCACAAUUCUAUCAGCCUAGGAACGAUAAUGGACAUCUGUGUUCUAAUGGCGGUCAUCUCCUAUGCUGCGGGUGGGAUUGCAUUCAUGUACUUCCGGCGAGGUGCACGCGGAAAAGAGGCUUUGCCGAACUACCAGAUCUGGACAGGGCUCCCUGUCCUUGUGAAGGAAGGUGCGCUGUUCAUUGUCACCAAGGUGAAGGCAUUGAAAUCUGGCUCACGGGGUUCGUAUGAUAGCCUGUGACCGUACAUCGAAAUAGCAUCGAUUAUACGAAUCUGAAGGGAAACGUGUUUUCGCCGAAGUCGCACCAACCUCUUCUAUACGGAUAUGAAGCUGUAGAUAAGCGGAUUCACCCCAGUAUUAUGUCACGUCCUUGUGGAAGUGGAUUUUGAUAGUUGGCAGAUUUAGAACUAGUCCCAAAAUGGACCUACAUUGUACAUAAACAUAAGUGAGAAACUUGGGCAUCUCCUUACUAUGAGUCCCAUGCCCACUCCGCAAUGCAUUCUCACUGCAAUGGGUUAUCCCUGCUACUCUGAUGAAAAUUAAGGGGAGUGGGCCGGCCGAGAGGGGGAUGUGGAUUUGUGGCUCGACUGAUAUUCCCAACACAGAACAUCUGUAACUCUGAGAAAUACCACUGUGAACAUUUAGCCUCCGUUUCGAAGCAAACCUAGAGCAAUGCACCUCUUGGAAAGAGAAUGUUUUUUAAUCCAACAACCAUGCCUAUAUAUUUUCAGUGUAUAUCCAGAAGAUUCAGAAUAGAGCAUGAUGAUUUUCACUGAAUUUAAAGUUUACCAUUACAUUUACUGUAAUAUUCUUUUUAAAACUUCAUUUCUUUUUUCUUCUUCUUUUUUUACUGGUUGCCGGCCUCGUUUACGGGCAAAAUAGCACAAUGGAUUAACAUGAUUUUCUACCCCAAACCAAAAAAAAACUUCAAAUCAUUUUUACCUUCAUUUCCCUAUUCUGAUAAAUUCACGAAGAAUUGUUUUAUCGAGUCAGUAUUACCCGCACACAUGUUCAAUAUUGCAAUCGCUUCUGCAUUUGGCAAAAGUA